AUACUGAGUGUUCGCGGAAAGGAUACAGGUUACACCUUAAUUCAUUUCCUUGUAGAACAACUGCGCAUGUCCGAUCCUGGCCUGUUACAAUGGACGGAAAGUGUGCAGAUGGUGAAAAAAUGUGAACAGAUUUCAGUUAAGUCUGUAGCUGCUGAAAGCGAAGUAUUAAAGUGUGAUUUGUCGAAAGUGAAAAAGCAUUUAAAAACAUUGAAAUCCAAACCAGUGUAUUGCUCCAGACAAGACAACAAAUUUCAACAAGAUGCGCAGAAUUUAACAGUUGAAUACGAGAUGAAACUGGAGAAAUUGGACAGAAGAGGUGGGGAGUUACAUCAUAAAUAUAGAAAAAUACUGACGAAAUUCGGGGAACCUCUGUACCAGAAGUCGGAUCAAAUGUUUGCCGUUGUAGCAAACUUUGCUGAUAAGUUUAAAGCUGCCAUAAAAGAUAUAGACACUAAAACUGUAGAGAGAAAAUCAACCACUUGAUUUGAAGAUAGCAAAAUGGUGCACAACUAAACAACAAUAUAACAGAUACGGCGUCCGUACAUCAUGAGGAUUCAUUAACGCUCGAAGACUGAUAGUCUUUUCGUAUUUUCAGUCUUUUCGUAUUUUCUCUCUUCAUAAUGAGAAAAAUUUGGAGUCUACAGAUUCGUGUAUUUUUAAGUGUACUUUGUAUAUGGAAUACUUGCAUUAGAAACAGUAUUUGUUCAGUUCGUCUGUCUUUGUUUUAUUUUUUCAAAUGGAAUAUAAUGCAUAUAGCAAUUUGAAAUGAAAUAUAAUACAUAUA